CGCAAGCGCAGAAAAUGUGUUAGCGAGCACACGGAACAGGUUGUACUCCGGCUUUCCUUUUGGAUAUUUUUGUUUUGUUUUACCUGGACUUUUUCAUAGGAUAACCUAACAGUUAAAGGGUUGAAAGUGAAGGAGUUGACCCACAAUGUCCAGCAAUGUGCUGUGUGGGCGAAGCAGGUUGGUGUUAUCUCAGGCUGCCAGACACCAGGCUUUAGCUUCUCUCAGGGUGACCAGAACCAGAACUUUCUCCACUGCACACCCAGAUGAGACGUACGUGGACGUGUCGCCUGCAUACUCAGGACCGAGGACAGUGUGGCCGGACGAGAACAUGGGGCCCUUCGGACCUCAGGACCAGCGCUUCCAGCUGCCGGGGAACGCCGGGUUCGACUGCCACCUGGAAGGUAUGGCGGGCCAGAAGAAGGCUCCGCUCCGCAGGACGAUGCCCGACGUGCUGACUGCUCCGAGCAGGGUUGAGAGACACCAGUUCAUCCUGGCCCAGUUCGUCAGCGAGUUCCACGGAAAACUGGGUCCCCUGUCCACCAGAGUCCACAAAGCUGAGCAGUACUUUAAACCCACAGACACGGACUGUUCCAUCACGUCCUGUCCUGAGCUGCUGAAGAAAGAACUGGAGGAAUUGUUCCCCUUGGCGCCCACCGCCUCCAUCACCGUGGUGACGGUCACACAGAGGACGGGUCGGCCGGAAGACCAGGACCAGAACCAGCAACUUCAUAAAUUUGUGAGCGGAGCCAAAGAGUUGUGUUUCGCUCUGUGGACCGCCGGGUACUGGGCUGACUUCAUCGACCCCACCACAGGAGCAGCUUUCUUCGCGCCUCCGACGAGCCUGUCCACGCCGCAGCCCGACGAGCCGCUGACGGACCUGGGUUUCCACAUCGAGGUCUCGGGGUCCUGCACUGUCAUCCGCCACGUCCUGAGGGGGACGUCGCUGUUCGUGGGGACCGUUUUCACCAACGCGCCGGCUGACAGCGCCGCCGUCACCAGACUACAAGGACUGUCGCGUGUGUUUGAAGACGACGAGUAGAUUUUAAAAGAAGGAUUAGAACAGGAAGUGUGGACUGAACGCCUCCAGUCACAGUCGAGGUGGUUUUUAAAGGUUUCAUCAGAACACGAGCACGUCACGGUGUUCUGAAAGACCUGAAUCUGUUUUGUCUUUGCCCCUGCACUAGAUCCAGGAAGAACCACACUGACGCGCUCAUGAUCUGUAGAGAUUAAUGCUUUUGGAAGAAUAAAGUCUUAUUUAUGUAAUUUCAGCUGCUUACAAGAGAGGUGUCUGUUUUCAAAGCUCUGACAUUUUAACUGGACGUGGAUCAAGUGAAAUAUUUAUUUUCAGUUUUGAUGAAAUACGUCUAAGAAAAGUAAUGUUUGAUUACAAUAAAAUCYUUUGGUUUUGAGCUGCA